AGAACGCACGCGUCCCACGCAGCAGCAGCAGCAGCCGAAACAGCGAACUCAACCGAAAAUCGGAAAAGGUGUCUUUCUGUAAGCAGGUGAUUGCCGUGAAACCCUUAAAAGUCCCCGUCAAGCCGCCGUCGCCGGAAACGUCGUCGAAAAGCCGUCGCAAUAACAAUCAAACCAAAUCAAAACGUUGCUCCAAAACCGCGGUCGCACAAAGCCGGCUUGUUUUUGACCCGUGACUCCGCAUCCGAUCCGUGCUAGCAAGCGGGGGCAAGGCAAAAGAUUGCUCCAGACUUUUCGUGCGCAGCGUCUUACGCAUCGGUGAAUAACCGAAUCCACCGCGCUACCACCACCACCACCACCAACACCCUCUUCUUCUUCCACGGGAGCUCGGUUGAGCUUUAAGGCAGUCACCCUGUAUCUCCAACCGACCGCCGCCACCAUGAAUGGCUCCGGCUAUGAGAUAAACACGAACGGCGACAUCCUGCUACAGAACCAGCAGAAGGGCUGGUGGACGAUCGGCCUGAUCAAUGGCCAGUACAAAUACAUGACGGCCGAAACGUUCGGCUACAAGCUGAACGCCAACGGUGCCAGCCUGAAGAAGAAGCAGCUGUGGACGCUCGAGCCGUCGAACACGGGCGACAGCAUCAUCUAUCUGAAGUCGCACCUCGGGCGCUACCUGUCGGUGGACACGUUCGGCAAUGUGCUGUGCGAGUCGGAGGAGCGCGACGCCGGCAGCCGGUUUCAGAUCAGCAUCACCGACGACAACUCGGGCCGCUGGGCGCUGAAGAACGAGCAGCGCGGCUACUUCCUGGGCGGCACGCCCGAGAAGUUGACCUGCACCGCCAAGGCGCCGGGCAAGAGCGAGCUGUGGAGUGUGCAUCUGGCCGCCAGGCCGCAGGUGAAUCUGCGCUCGGUUGGACGCAAGCGGUUCGCCCAUCUGUCGGACACGCAGGAUGAGAUCCACGUCGACGCCAACAUCCCGUGGGGCGAGGACACGCUGUUCACGCUGGAGUUCCGCGCCGACGAGGACGGCCGCUACGCUCUGCAUACGUGCAACAACAAAUACCUCAACUCGAGCGGCAAGCUGGAGAACAAGUGCACCGACGACUGCCUGUUCUCGGCCGAGUACCACAGCGGUCACCUGGCGCUGCGUGACCGCCACGGCCUCUACCUGUCGCCGAUCGGCUCGAAGGCGGUGCUGAAGUCCCGCUCGCAGACGGUGACGCGCGACGAGCUGUUCUCGCUGGAGGACUCGCUGCCGCAGGCGUCGUUCAUCGCCGCGCUCAACAACAAGUACGUGUCGGUGAAGCAGGGCGUGGACGUGACCGCCAACCAGGACGAGAUCGGCGAGAACGAGACGUUCCAGCUGGAGUUCGACUGGUCGGCGCACCGGUGGGCGCUGCGCACCACCCAGGACCGCUACUGGUGCCUGUCGACCGGCGGCGGCAUCCAGGCGACCGGCAACCGCCGCUCGGCCGACGCCCUCUUCGAGCUCGAAUGGCACGGCGACGGUUCGGUGUCGUUCCGCGCCAACAACGGCAAGCUGCUGGCGACCAAGCGCUCCGGCCACCUGUUCGCCACCGCCGAGGCGAUCGAGGAGACCACCAAGUUCUACUUCUACUUGAUCAACCGCCCGAUCCUGGUGCUCAAGUGCGAGCAGGGCUUCGUCGGCUACCGGGCCCCGGGCAGCAACAAGCUCGAGUGCAACAAGGCCAUCUACGAGACGAUCCUGGUCGAGCGCGCCCAGAAGGGUAUCGUCCACUUCAAGGGACAAAAUGGCAAGUACUGGCGUGUGGAUGGCGAAGGCAUCGCCGCCGACUCGGACGUCCCGUGCGACGGUUUCUUCAUCGAGCUGCGCGAACCGACGCGCAUCUGUCUGCGCUCGAGCGACGGCCGCUACCUCGGCGCCACCAAGAACGGCACGUUCAAGCUCGUCGACACCGGCUACGAUACCGCCACCCAGUGGGAGUACUAAGAAGCCACCCCACAACCCCCCUUACCUACUACAGACCGCGCCACACGAAAGCCACACGUGUGUGUGUGUGCUGAUUUCUGUUCGGGGCAGCUUCUUCCUCUCUUUCUACUUGGUUUUUUUCGUUUUGGGAAGAACCGCGAAAAACCUCCGGUUGAUAUUCGAUACACCAGCCGAAUGAAACCAAUAUUAUAUGUAACCACACACGCAUAUAUUUGUGUGCAACCGUGCAGUGUCCACAUCCGGUGGACCGGAAUCCGUUUUAGGACAGGUUAAGCAGAUGUUAAGCAGAGGAAGAAAAACAACCGAGGAGAAAAAAAAACGAACGGAAACCAAUGUUGCAAUUCAAUCUUUCUUUAUCGAAAGCGUACGCGUGGGAGAAAGAAUGUGAGGAAGGAGAUAUAUAUUAUUUAACAAGAUCAAAUGCUAAUGUACUAAGAUUCGCGACGGGAAAGGGGUAGACGGACGGAAAAAUCAAGACGAAACUCUCACAAACACACACUCUUUACACUCAUUUAGCGCCUAGUAGUAGCUUAGUUGUACGAUAGAUCCGAGCAGGGAGCUGAAGGGAGGGGGCUCGCUUGGCGAAAACCUUCGCGUUUCGGGCGGUUGGCAAUCGGAACAGCAAAUACCACACAACGAGGAACGUAUAAGUUGGAGGAAAAGAAAAAAAGA